GGGGCGGCACGCGGCAGUAAAUGAUGUCACCCCCGUGUAACUUUGAUAUAAGAGAAGCGCUGCUGCCUCCCUUGUUUCUCUAUUGUGAGAGCGAAACAGAGGCAGAUAAAGAGAGGACAGCACCGGAGCUGGGGGGUAAGCACCGAUAGUGGACCAACUGGCGGGAAAGAAGCGACUCUUGAGGACGCUUAAAUAUCUUACCGUUACACGUCUUUGCGAUCUCACCUGUACGGUUGUACCUGCCUGUAUUGUUUCCUACAUGCCAUAAGACCCAGACAUGGGCAAGAAGGACGAGAUAGCUGUGGCCAAAGUCAAGAUUGAGCAAAACGGAGACAUUGGAGAGGAUAAAGAUGAAGAGAAAAAGGGGGAGAAAGAGCCAAAGAUGCCGAUGAUUGGCGCCAUAGCUCUGUUCAGGUUUGCUGAUGGUUGGGACAGGUUGAUGAUUGUGCUGGGGACCAUCAUGGCUAUGGUUAAUGGAACGGUCCUCCCUCUCAUGUGUAUCGUCUUUGGGGACAUGACUGACAGCUUCAUAGGAGACUCCAUACAGACACAGAAUAAUUUCACCAACAUCACAUUCCCUGUUUCCAACACCACUCUGGGAGAGGAGAUGACGGGCCAUGCUAUCUACUACUCUAUAAUGGGUGCGGUGGUGUUGGUAGCAGCCUACAUGCAGGUGGCCUUCUGGACCCUGGCGGCAGGCAGGCAGGUCAAACGCCUCAGGAAGCUCUUCUUCCACUGCAUCAUGCAGCAGGAGAUCGGUUGGUUCGACGUCAACGAGACGGGAGAACUCAACACCCGCCUAACAGAUGACAUCUAUAAGAUCAACGAGGGAAUAGGUGACAAGGUGGGCAUGUUGAUCCAGUCCUUCACCACCUUCAUUGCUUCCUUCAUCAUCGGCUUCAGCAAAGGAUGGAAGCUCACCCUUGUCAUCCUGGCUGUCAGCCCUGUGCUGGGCUUCUCUGCUUUUAUAUUCAGCAAGGUACUGACGUCCUUCACAUCCCUGGAGCAGAGUGCCUAUGCUAAAGCUGGAGCCGUGGCUGAGGAGGUGAUCUCUUCUGUCAGAACAGUCUUCGCUUUCGGUGGACAACAGAAGGAGAUAACCAGGUACGAGAAAAACCUGGAGGAUGCUAAGAACAUGGGGAUCCGUAAAGCCAUCUCUGCUAACAUCGCCAUGGGCUUCACCUUCCUGAUGAUCUAUCUGUCCUACGCUCUGUCCUUCUGGUACGGCAGCACACUCAUCCUAUCUGGAGAAUACACCAUUGGAACUGUCCUCACCGUGUUCUUCACAGUGUUGAUCGGGGCGUUUGCCAUGGGACAGACUUCUCCUAAUGUCCAGGCCUUCGCCAGUGCCCGGGGAGCGGCACACAAAGUCUACAACAUCAUCGACAAUAAACCCCACAUCAACAGCUACUCAGACCACGGCUACAAGCCUGAUGUCAUCAAAGGAAACAUAGAGUUUAACAACAUCCAUUUCACCUACCCCUCACGGCCCAACGUCAAAGUGUUGAAUGGAAUGUCUCUGAGCGUGCGUAGUGGCCAGACCAUAGCUCUGGUAGGCAGUAGUGGCUGUGGGAAGAGCACCACCGUUCAGCUGCUGCAGCGGUUCUAUGAUCCACAAGAUGGAUCAGUGUUUGUAGAUGGUCAUGACGUGCGCUCCCUGAACGUGCGCUUCCUGAGAGAGAUGAUUGGCGUUGUCAGUCAGGAGCCCAUCCUGUUUGCUACCACCAUCGCUGAGAACAUCCGCUACGGACGACCUGACGUCACACAUCAGGAGAUAGAACAGGCUGCUAGGGAGGCCAACGCCUACGACUUCAUCAUGACACUACCUGAUAAGUUUGAGACUCUAGUGGGAGACAGAGGAACCCAGAUGAGUGGAGGACAGAAACAGAGGAUCGCUAUCGCACGCGCUCUCGUACGCAACCCCAAGAUCCUCUUAUUGGAUGAGGCUACCUCAGCCCUCGACGCCGAGAGUGAGACCAUCGUACAGGCUGCUUUGGACAAGGUGAGACAGGGUCGUACUACCAUCGUGGUGGCCCAUCGUCUGUCUACUAUCCGUAAUGCUGAUGUCAUCGCAGGCUUCCAGAAGGGAGAGAUCGUAGAGCUGGGAACACACAGCCAACUGAUGGAAAAAGAAGGAGUCUACCACACACUGGUCACCAUGCAGACGUUUAAGAGUCCUGAGGAGGGCGAGGAGGCUGUGGAGGAGCAGGUUCUGGAGGAGAAGAGUCCAUCAGUGACGCCGUUCUCAGAGACCACCCUCAUCAGCAGGAAAUCUACCAAGGGAUCAUCCUUCAUCGGCUCAGAGAAAGGAGACAAGGACAAGACAGAGGUGGAAGAAAAGGAUGAGGAGAUUCCUCCUGUGUCGUUUCUGAAGGUGUUGAAGCUGAACCUUCCUGAGUGGCCCUAUAUGGUGGUUGGUGUGAUCUGUGCCACUAUCAACGGGGGCAUGCAGCCUUUCUUCGCUGUCAUCUUCUCUAAAAUCAUCGCUGUGUUUGCAGAGCAAGACCAGGAACUAGUUAGACAACGCUCCUCGUUCUACUCUAUCAUGUUCGCCCUCAUUGGAGUCGUCUCCUUCAUAACCAUGUUUCUGCAGGGAUUCUGUUUUGGGAAGGCCGGGGAGAUUCUGACCAUGAAGCUGAGACUGAUGGCCUUUAAAGCCAUGAUGAGACAGGAGUUGGGCUGGUAUGACAGUCACAAGAACAGUGUUGGAGCUCUCACCACUAGACUGGCUACAGACGCAGCACAAGUACAGGGGGCUACAGGAGUGCGUUUGGCCACUCUGGCCCAGAACGUGGCUAACCUGGGCACCAGUCUGAUCAUCUCGUUUGUGUACGGCUGGCAGCUGACUCUUCUCAUCCUGUGUGUGGUACCUGUCAUGGCUGUAGCUGGAGGCAUACAGAUGAAGAUGCUCUCUGGUCACGCUGUCAAAGACAAGAAAGAGCUAGAACAGGCUGGCAAGAUUGCCACAGAGGCCAUAGAGAACAUCCGUACGGUGGCAUCUCUCACCAGAGAGCAGAAGUUUGAGUCUCUGUACCAGGAGAACCUCAUAGUGCCUUACAAGAACUCUCAGAAGAAGGCCCAUGUGUAUGGCAUCACAUUCUCCUUCUCUCAGGCCAUGAUCUACUUUGCCUAUGCAGGCUGCUUCCGCUUCGGAGCCUGGCUCAUAGAGGAAGGCAUCAUGACCUUUGAAAAUGUCUUCCUGGUGAUCUCUGCAGUGCUGUACGGAGCCAUGGCAGUAGGAGAGGCCAACUCCUUCACGCCUAACUAUGCCAAAGCCAAGAUAUCAGCAUCUCACCUUAUGUUCCUUAUCAACAGAGAACCUGCCAUAGACAACUGCUCACAGGAGGGAGAAACACUGGACCACUUUGAUGGUAACGUACGUUUCCAGGGGGUGAGGUUCAACUACCCGUCCCGUCCAGACCUUGCUGUCCUGCAGGGACUGGAGCUGAAGGUGCAGAAGGGCCAGACUCUAGCCCUGGUGGGCAGCAGUGGCUGUGGGAAGAGUACGACCAUACAAUUACUGGAGAGGUUCUACGACCCACUACAGGGCACAGUGAUGUUGGACAACAGUGAUGCUAAGAAGCUGAACAUCCAUUGGCUGAGGGCCCAGAUGGGCAUCGUAUCCCAGGAGCCCGUGCUGUUUGACUGUAGUCUGGCAGAGAACAUCGCCUACGGAGACAACACACGCAAAGUUACCAUGGAGGAGAUCCAGAGUGCUGCUAAAGCUGCCAACAUACACAGCUUCAUAGACGACCUGCCUCAGAAGUAUGACACCCAAGCUGGUGACAAGGGGACCCAGUUGUCAGGAGGGCAGAAGCAGCGUAUAGCCAUUGCAAGAGCCAUCCUCCGCAACCCCAAAGUCCUGCUGCUGGAUGAGGCCACCUCCGCACUGGACACAGAGAGCGAGAGGGUGGUGCAGGAGGCCCUGGAUGUGGCUCGACAGGGCAGGACGUGUAUCGUGGUGGCCCACCGCCUUUCCACCAUUCAGAACGCUGACCUGAUCGCUGUCUUCCAGAAGGGAGUGGUGGUGGAGCAGGGCACUCAUCAACAACUACUGUCCCAGAGAGGAGUAUACUACUCACUGGUCACCACACAGCUGGGCCAUGGCAGAAACUGAGGGAGGAGAGGAGGAUGGGGGGGAGAGAGAGGCUGAGGGUGC